CAUUAUUCAAUGAAUUAUUUCUUUUAUUAGUUGUAAAAUCGAGUUCAAGCGCCAAGCUGCCCUCUCUCCAUCCCCACUUUUUAACCAAAAAAUCCCAAAUUGAGAAUCAAAUUGAUUUUGUGCAUAUUCAAACUCUUACAGAAAUCCAGCUCAAUCACUCGCUACUUCACUAACUACACAAUCGUUUCCGUUUAUUCUUUCAUUGUUUAACUCUUUCCAAUAAAAAUUGAAUAAAUAUUUUAGAUUUGGGGGUUUAGUUGAACCCAUUAAACCCCCUUAAUUAACCCACUAAUGGCCGAUAAUCUCGACAAUAAUAAUGAUAAAUACAAUGUUGAAGCUGCUGAGAUUUUGGCAAACGAAGCAUUGCAUCUGCCAAUUACUGAAGCAAUUCCUAUUUAUGAACAACUUCUGGCCAUAUAUCCUACUGCUGCAAAGUUUUGGAAGCAGUAUGUGGAGGCACAAAUGGCUGUCGAUAAUGAUGAUGCUACAAAACAAAUCUUUAGCCGUUGUCUAAUGAUUUGUCCUCAAGUUCCUCUUUGGAGGUGCUAUAUUCGUUUUAUAAAGAAGGUUAAUGAAAAGAAGGGCUUUGAUGGUCAGGAAGAAACAAGGAAAGCCUUUGAUUAUAUGCUGAAUUGUGUCGGAGCUGAUGUUGCAUCGGGCCCUGUAUGGUUAGAGUACAUCAGCUUCUUGAAGUCCUUACCGGCUCGUUCAGCACAGGAUGAGACUCAUCGUAUGACUGCUGUUCGCAAAGCAUAUCAAAAAGCUAUUAUCACUCCAACGCACAAUGUUGAACAACUAUGGAAGGAAUAUGAGAAUUUUGAAAAUUCUGUUAGCCGCGUACUGGCUAAAGGACUUAUAUCGGAGUAUCAACCAAAAUUUAAUAGUGCAAGAGCUGUCUAUAGAGAGCGGAAGAAAUAUGUUGAUGAAAUUGAUUGGAACAUGCUGGCCGUCCCACCAACUGGUUCUUGCAAGGAAGAACAACAAUGGAUGACAUGGAAAAAACUUUUAGCAUUUGAAAAGGGGAAUCCUCAAAGGAUUGACAGUGCAUCAUCUAAUAAAAGAAUUGUCUUUGCUUAUGAACAGUGUCUGAUGUAUUUAUAUCAUUAUCCUGAUAUAUGGUAUGACUAUGCUUCAUGGCAUGCAAAAAGUGGUUCUGUAGAUUCUGCUAUCAAAGUUUAUCAGAGAGCUCUGAAGGCUCUUCCUGGUUCUGAGAUGCUGAAGUAUGCUUAUGCUGAGCUGGAGGAAUCCCGUGGAGCAGUCCAGCCUGCAAAGAAGAUUUAUGAGAGCCUGCUGGGCGAUGGUGUGAAUGCAACAGCCCUUUCACAUAUACAAUUUAUAAGAUUUCUUAGAAGAAGUGAAGGAGUUGAAGCUGCCCGCAAGUAUUUUCUGGAUGCCCGCAAGUCACCUAAUUGCACUUAUCAUGUAUAUGUUGCAUAUGCAAUGAUGUCUUUUUGUCUUGACAAGGAUCCAAAGGUUGCUCAUAAUAUAUUUGAAGCAGGAUUAAAACGUUUCAUGCAUGAGCCUGGAUACAUCCUUGAAUAUGCAGAUUUUUUGUCACGCUUGAAUGAUGAUAGAAACAUCCGAGCUUUGUUUGAACGUGCACUCAACUCACUUCCACCUGAAGAAUCUGUUGAGGUUUGGAAGCGGUUUGCACAAUUUGAGCAAACAUAUGGAGACCUGGCUAGCAUGCUUAAGGUUGAGCAAAGAAGGAAAGAGGCUCUUUCGAGGACCAGUGAUGAUGGAGGUGUAGCACAGGAGGGUUCACUACAGGAAGUAAUUUCACGAUACAGUUUCAUGGAUCUUUGGCCAUGUUCAUCUAAGGAUUUGGAUAAUUUAGCACGGCAAGCGUGGCUCACUAUGAACAUGAACAGAAAAGCGGAAAAAUCUAACGUGCCAAAUGGAGUAACUACUACAGGUGAAGAGAAGAGUACUUCAGGAGUUACUCCUAUGUUGGACCAAUCGUCCAAAGUGAUUUAUCCUGAUGUUACCCAGAUGAUGAUAUAUGAGCCUGGGCAGAAACAAGGGUCUACAGUUCUUCCAAGUGGAAUGGUAGGUGGCCCUCCUACCGUCUCUACUACCAUGUCAACAUUUGAUGGGAUUUUAAAAGCAGCUCCUCCUGCACUUGUAGCAUUUAUAGCAAAUCUUCCUGCCGUAGAAGGUCCUGCACCAGAUGUAGAUUUUGUGCUGUCAAUAUGUUUGCAAAGUAACCCUGUAACCGGACAGGCGUCAAAGCAUGUGCCCUCAGCAGGUCAAGUACCUGCAGCAGCUGUUUCUGGUAUAAGUGAGCCUUCUGGUUCACACAAAGCCCGUCCGGCUCCAAGUGGUUCAUCUGUGAGAAUGGCAAGAGAUAGACAAUCUGGAAAGAGGAAAGAUGCAGAGAGACAAGAUGAUGAUGAAACUGCUUCAAUGCAGAGCUCACCUCUUCCCAAAGAUGCCUUCAGAUUGCGCCAAUUGCAUAAAGCUCGUGGAGGAUCAGCUUCACAAACGGGAUCAACGUCGUAUGGCAGUGCAUUUUCUGGAGAACAGUCUGGGAGCACUAGCUGAUAGCCUGAUACUGCAAUUUUGUAAAAUUAGCAUUUGUAUCACUAGGUUUUUUUUUUUUUUUUUUUUUUUACAUAAUUUAUAUUUAUUUAAUAAUGGUUUGUAUAAUCCCCUAAUAAUGUAAUGAUUCAGUUAUCCUUCUAAUAAUCUAUUAUCAGCAGUUGCACUCUUUUUUA